AUGACAGCCAAGCUGGACAGAUUAGUCAAGCAGAACCUUGACCUCUUUGAGUCUGGGAAUCUCGCAGAUGCUGAAGUCGUGUGCAAUGGAAGAACAUGGAAGGAAGCAAAGACAGGCCGGAUCAGUCUAGAAGAGGAAAGACCAGAGCAAGUCCAUGAGCUUUUGAAGUUCAUUUACUCAGGCCGAUACAUACCAGUCCCAGCACGCAAGCCCGCAUGCAUUCUGGCUUCCGUUCUAGAAAGCAACGUUGCUCUGUGGUGCACUGCUGACUUCUUUCUGCUGCCGGAUCUGAAGGCCGACAUCCAGGAGUGCCUUCUCGACAGAUUUGCCGCUACGCUGGCGUUCUUCCACGAUUUCAGCCUUUCUCUGAUCGCGUCUAAGGCUGCCCACCAUCAGCUUGUCGAUAACAAAGACGUCAUCGACAGCCUUUUCACUGUUUUCCCUAAAGCAGUCACCAAGAUCUAUAAACGCCCAGGUGCACGAGAGCUUCACAAACUGUUCGCCGUUUUCGCCUGUGGCUUGCGCGAGCAUCUACCAGCGCACAUCAUGUGGAAUCUUAUGAAAGCCAUUCCCGAAUUCCAGCAAGACGUAUCCACCGUACUGGUUGCCCUCCAUUUUCCUCAGGCCACAAACGAGUUCGUGAUUGGUGGAUUGGAAGAGCUCUGUGUCUCCGAAGCCUGGGCUAUCUAUCACGGCCAAUCAAUUCGGGACCGUGCCAGCUUCAAAUGCACUGGCUGUGGCAAACUGAACUCGAAUUUGACAUCUAAAGUAAAAAAAUGCGAUAUGACGCUCGACCCAUUCUCGCUAGGAACACGAAAGUGGUGCAACGACUGCGCUUGCCCGUCUAUCAAGUCUCUUCUAAAGACUGUGACCGGCGGGUGGCCUGCUGGUGCUCCUGACCGUGGUGAAGCCAGAUAG